AUGCAACCCAGAGGGAGUACGAAACAUGGGAUACUGCCAGGUUGCCCAAGUCUAGACAGGGGAAGCCGAGAGGCGAAUGUCGGGUUCCCUCCAGGGUCGAGCGAAGAGAAGGUGCCUGUAAAAUGGGACAUGUGUUAUCUCAUUUAUCUCAUCUUCAAAAAAGGUACGCGGACGCUGUGUGAAAACCAGUGUGGCGUCAGCCUGUUAGCUGUGGCAUCGAAGUUGCUCCUGGCCUUAUCCUUCGAAGGUUGA